AUGACUGAACGUCCCUUUCCUGUCGAAAACUCCACAGCCUCGUUCUGGCGCUCAAACAACCUACACCACAUUGACAGCUAUCGCAGUCCUGAGUUUCCUUCCGACGCCGAUAUCGUUAUCAUCGGCGCUGGUUAUACCGGGGCAUCUCUAGCACACCACAUACUUGCAAAAACAAACCAGGGCUCUCAAAGACCAUCCAUAGCCAUCCUAGAAGCCCGAGAAGCCGUAUCUGGAGCCACCGGCCGCAAUGGCGGUCAUCUCAAACCAGACGCGUUCAUCAAAGCGGCAAAUGCUCUUGAUAGCCACGGGAAAGAAGCCGCAGAAGAAGUUGCGGCGUUCGAGACGAGGCAUUUGAAGGCCAUUGCUGAUCUCGUGAGGGAAGAAGGCGUGGAUUGUGAUUUCGUCUUGACCCGGGCGUUGGACAUCUGUCUUUACGAUCAGGGCAAUGAGGAGAUGAAAGAGAAGCUCGAUAGGUUGCGAGAAGCUGGCGUUGAUGUUGACGAUGUCUUCUACAGUUCAGAGGCUACUGCUGAGAGCUUGUCCGGCUUUAAGGGAGCGAAGGGCUGCUUCUCCAACACAGCAGGGCAUAUCUGGCCAUAUAAACUCGUUACGCAUCUGCUCGCUAAUGCUGUCGUCCGAGGAGUCAAUCUGCAGACCAGUACACCCGUUAGGGACGUCUCAACCACGCCAGAUGCCAACGGCAAGUACACCAUAACCACAGAUCGCGGCUCCAUUACAGCCAACAAGGUCCUCUUCGCAAGCAACGGCUACACCACCGCCAUCCUCCCUGACCUAAAAGACAAACUCGUCCCCGUUCGAGGCAUCUGCAGCCGCAUCGUCUGCCCCCCAACAUCCAGGCCACCUCUCCUAACCAACAGCUACAUCCUCCGCUUCAACCCCGUCGAAUACGACUACCUCAUCCCCCGCACCGACGGCAGUAUCAUCGUCGGCGGCGCACGAAGAGACUACUACCGUCAACUGGACAGUUGGUUCAACGUUAGCGAUGACAGUAAAUUGACCGAGGGCGCUGAGCACUAUUUUGACGGAUAUAUGCAACGACACUUCGAUGGCUGGGAAGAUAGCGGAGCGUUUACUGAGAGGGUGUGGACGGGAAUUAUGGGGUAUACAGCGGACGGCUACCCUUAUAUUGGUGAAGUGCCGGGAAGGAUGGGACAGUUUGUGUGCGCGGGCUUCAAUGGGCAUGGAAUGGUGCAGGUGUUUCUGACAGCGAAGGCGGUGGCGGAGAUGGUUGUGAAUGGGAAAGGGAUUGAGGAGGUUGAUUUGCCGAGAUUGUAUCGGUUGACAGAGGAGCGGUUGGGGAAGAAGAAGAGACAUGGACAAUUGGUGGCAUUUGAUGCCUUCCAGGAAGCUGAAGCGAAGCUUUAA